AUGGAUUCCAGCACGUCUGAGGGGAGUGUUCCUCUUACCCCGGUGUCCUCCUCUGCUCGUCCACGCGGAAUGAUCGACCAACGUUGGAAGCGACCUUUGGUCGUGGUCUUCCAAGAGCAGCAACCCGCUCCAGGGCAAGCAGGUUUUGAUACCCAAGGUGCUGCUUCCUUUAUCGAAGAGAUCAAAGAUUCAGUCAAAGCCUUGACCAUCGCCAUUCAAGCAUUGGAGUUGAGAGUUCAGAAAGUUGAGGACAUACAUUGUGCAUGCAAAACUCAAGAAGAAUAUGGCGGGUAA